AUGGGCGCCGUCUGCGCGGCCUUCAAACGCCGCACUGAAGUCGAAGCAGAUAUUUGUUUUUUGUUUUCCGAAGGCUUUCGGGCCCGCGGGCUGCAGCAGCAAGCAGCAGCAGCAGACCAACAGCCCCCCGCCUUCACCGAUGCCGACUGGGCUGUUGUUAUGGACAAGGGCCCUUCCCAGUGGCACAUGAAGCUGCCCGAGGGCUUUGAAGAGGAAGCUGCUGCUGCUGCUGCUGCUGCUGCUGCUGCUGCUGCUGCCCCCCGCCAGGGAAACCACCGCUGGAGCGCAAUUGUCCCUUCUGCUGCUACUGCCCACAUCCAGGGCGUGGCAGUGCGGGUUCAAGGGGCCCUCCCACCUGCUGCAGCAGCAGCAGCAGCAGCAGCAGCACCAGCAGCAGCAGCAGCACCAGCAGCAGCAGCAGCAGCGCAGGCGUCUGGAGGGGCCCCCCCGGCCUCCGGCGAGGCCGGCGGGGCUCCCGACGCUGCUGCUGCUGCUGCUGCAGCAGCAGCAGCAGCAGCAAACCGGCUGUGCUCCGUGGAGGAGCAGCAGCCCGGCUGCUGCAGCAUUAGCUUCGACACCAUGCACUUGCUGCUGCAGCAGCUGCAAACCUCCAAAGAGCUGCUGCAGCAAGCCACUUUGUCUCCUUUUUUGCCUUUUGGAGACAAAAAAAAAGGAGAAAUUGGACAAGCUGUGCUCGUCGAGGCCUUCCCCGUCGUUCUCCAGUCCUCGCUGCCCCUGCCCCAGCAAGUAGGGUUUAGGGUUUAG